UAUAAAAGCUCGAACGUCUCCCGGACUGUGGCGGUGAGCUAUGCCUCGGACAACUAUUCGUGUUCGUAGAGCAUCAAAAUCGCAUUUGUGUUUAUUUGUCUGAACUCUGAGGCUUUUAACAGAAGUCGUUGGCAAUCGGCGCAGCAAUUUGAUCGGGAAUCGCCGGGAUUAAGCUCUCUGUUGUCGUUGCUAUGUCAGUUGAGCUCAAACUCUCACAUUCCAAUCGCAUCUAUCGCCCUUCGGAAACUCUGGAUGGCAAAAUCAUCGUGAAGACUCAGUCUCCAAUUUCCCACAACGGAGUUCGUGUUACUAUCAAAGGAUCCGUCAACUUGCAGGUUCGGGGAGGAUCAGCUGGGGUUAUUGAGUCGUACUAUGGAGUUAUGAAGCCAAUCCCCAUUGUGAAGAGGACAGUUGAGGUUGGUUCUUCUGGAAAGAUUGGUCCAGGUACAACAGAGAUGCCAUUCUCAGUGAUUUUGAGACAGCCCAACAAGGAUUUAGAAAGAUUCUAUGAGACUUUCCACGGUUCAAAUAUCAAUAUCCAGUAUAUGGUCACUGCAGAUAUAACUCGAGGAUACUUGCAUAAAUCAUUAUCAACUACAAUGGAAUUCAUUGUCGAAAGUGAUAGAGUUGAUCUGCUACAACGUCCAAUUUCUCCAGAAAUGGUCACCUUCUACAUUACCCAAGACACAAGGCAUGCUCUACUUCAUGAAUUAAAAUCAGGUGGGUUUCGGGUGACUGGAAAAGUCUCUACUGAGUGCUCGUUGUCCGAUCCUAUCAGUGGUGAGCUAACAAUAGAAGCAUCUGCAGUUCCAAUUAACUCCAUUGACCUUCACUUGUUUCGUGUUGAGUCCAUUCUUGUCGGGGAGAAAAUUGCAACCGAAACCACUCUCGUUCAAACUACCCAGAUUGCAGAUGGAGAUAUAUGCCGUAAUUUGACCCUGCCUAUCCAUGUAAUACUUCCCCGUCUAUUGACUUGUCCGACAAUCUUAGCUGGUCCAUUCUCAAUUGAGUUCAAAAUUUCCAUUGUUAUAAGCUUCAAGUCAGAGCUGUCUAAAUCACAUACAAAGGCUGACCCUAGAACUCCUAGACUGUGGACGGCGAUGGAAACAUUGCCACUUGAGUUGGUUCGGACGAGGUGAGAAAAUCUGGAGGAAGCCCCCAAGAAAGUGUGGCAGCAAUUGAAUAUGGUUUGUGCAUACCUAUUCCAGCUUUGUUUCCGGUGAUCCCCCAUUUCUUAGCCACUUGUGCAACAUUUCAGAUAAUGCCUUUUCAUUGUUCAUGGUAGACAAUCCGGUAGCAUACCUUUAUGUCUGGUUGGUAAAUUUCGGUGAAUGUAGACUUUCUUUGUGCUUUGAAGCAUUGAUUGGAUAUUAAGAAGAGAAAUAACGUACAAGAUUUCGCAUGUUUCAAGGAUCAA